AUCCGGGGGCUCGGCCCAUACCAGCCAAUGAAGAACGUUCUAGAGGGCACCCGAGAGGCCGGGAGCACGCUGGCACGUUGCGGCGGCGCAGAGCACAUCCCCAAUUCCCCAGGAACAGGCUCGUAAUUUUUCCACUGCCAUCGCACCCUUUCAUAAAACCCUAAACCCAGGACCCAGGUUUAUCGGUGAGGCGAGCCGCGAGUGGAACUGUGGAAGCGUCGAGCUUUUUUCUUCUUUGUCUUGCUGCGCAAGAAGAAGGGAAACGAGAGGAGGGCGGCGAUGGCGAAGAGGCUGCUCCCGUCGCUGAACCGGGUGCUGGUGGAGAAGCUGGUGCAGCCCAAGAAGACCGCCGGCGGCAUCCUCCUCCCGGAAACAUCCAAGCAGCUGAAUGCUGCUAAAGUGGUGGCUGUUGGCCCUGGUGAGCGCGACAAGGCAGGCAAUCUGAUCCCAGUUGCUCUGAAGGAAGGCGACACUGUUCUUCUGCCCGAGUAUGGUGGAUCUGAAGUCAAGCUUGCGGCUGAUAAAGAGUACCUCCUCUUCAGAGAGGAUGACAUUUUGGGCACACUUGUGGACUGAUUCAGAUCGCGGGCAAGCGGGUGGUGGUGAUAUGCGUAGGAUUUGAAGCUGGGAACAAACUCCAGAAAGAACUGUGCCCUGUCGUGAUGUCAUAAAUUUGUGGUGAAACAUCAUAUCAUGAGGAUAAAACUUGUUGCUUUUUUGUGAUGCAAUUUAGAAAACUUUCGAAUUUGAACUGGUUCCCAAUAUUUUGUUCUCCUCCCUGUCCCCUGUUGAAGUGCUCUCUGUUUUAAGUUAGCAAUUAACGGGAUCGGAUUUA